AUGCGCCGCCUUUCGUCAGUCAUUUUGAGCCUUCUGAGUGCAUCGGGCAGCUCCGCCAAGACCCCGGCAUUCUUCCUCGCUGGUGACUCGACCACUGCGGUUGACGGCGGCUGGGGCGACGGUUUCCUGGCAAACCUGAUCGCGCCGUCCUGGGGCGUCAACGUCGCCAAGAGCGGUGCGACGACAGCCUCGUUCGAGGCAGGCGGUUUCUGGGACAAAAUCACCACUCUUGUCGCCGACAACGCCGAUGAGUUCGACUGCUACGUCACCAUCAGCUUCGGCCAUAAUGAUCAGAAGCCAGAGAACAAUGUGCCGUUCGAUGUAUACCAGGCCAACCUCAUACGAUUCGCUAGCGUGGUCGAGGACCUUGGGGGUAGACCUCUGCUUGUUUCAUCGCUCACUCGCCGCAACUUUGCAUCCGAUCAUAACGCCACUGAUUCCCUCAGCAACGAGCGCCGGGCGGCCCAGGUGGCUGCCGAGAAGACGGGCUCGGCCUUCAUCAACCUGAACCGCGCAAGUCUCGACUACGUCAACGCCAUUGGUGAACAGGCCGCGCACACUUACAACGGCCCGGACAGUCCCACUGAUAACACGCACCUGAACUUGUGGGGCGAGACGGUGUUUGGACGGAUGGUCACCGAUUUGGUGACGCGAGCCGUGCCGGAGUUGGAACCCGUGUUCCUGAAGAACAAGACCAUGAGCGACCUCAUCUGGAGUGGUCAGGCAGCUUGA